AUGCCGGACAUAUCCAGUAUAUCCCAUUACCCUUUAAAGGUGAUAUUUGCAAUUCAUUUAGUGCUAGUAACAUGGGGUAUUCAGGGAUAUUGGUGCCCCAAGUCUGUAAUGUUUUACAAUUUUCUUUUCUUCGUUUGUUUAAUGUGGGCUAUUCACAAUAUCGAAUCAGACGAACCUCUACAAUUUGCACUAUUUAUAAACAUACUGUCCAUAUUUUUUGACAUUAUAACAUUAGCAGUCUACUUUCCGACAACCUAUGCAUCUGAGAAGUUUAGUGCUGCAAUUAUGAUCAUAAACAUGAUUGUACGCAUUAUCACAAGCGUAUACCUUCUACGAAUAGGCCAAGCAAGAGGUGGAUGUUUAGCCACGAUAUUUACCACAGGUCCUGCGAUGGGCUUUGGUCGACAGGAUUACGAGGACAUAUCUCAUCCGAUUCCGCAAAAUUCCGAUUUUGCUACACUCUAAGAGUAUAACUUGACGUUUCUAAAAUUCGAUAAGUCGAAAGUUACGCGAUAUCAUAUUGUAAUAUCUCUCGUAGCUUGUGUAAACAACGCGCACGUAUACUCACGACGUUGAAAUCUAUUAUAUAUAUGUAUAUUUUAGAAUAUUUAACAACGAUGACAUUCAAUGCAAACUAUAAUCUUAAUUUGUUGUAUAUACGUAUACAAGUA